AUGGUGAUGCUACGGCUGACUGCAGAGCAGUACAGGAAGCUCCCCAUCCUGGUAGACGAGUCGACUUGCGUGGGAAAGACCUACGUCAUCACCGGAGGCAACUCCGGCCUGGGCCUGGAGACUGCGCGGCACCUGGUCGCUGCCUCCGCCGCGACAGUUGUCCUGGCCGUGAGGAAUCUCAAUGCCGGAGAAGUGGCCAAGGCAGACAUUGAGAAGUCGACGGGACGUAAGGGGGUCAUACAGGUGCGGCAUCUGGAUCUAUCAACCUAUGCCGCCGUCCAAGUCUUCGCCAAGCAGAUCUCUCAGGAGCUGGACAGGAUCGACGGCUUCGUCUGCAACGCCGGCGUCAUGAUCGACCAGUGGGCGACUUUCGAAGGCGUCGAGAGCAGCAUCUUCGUCAACGUCGUCAACACAUUGUUUCUUGGAGCCUUGGUGAUGCCCAAGCUGAGCGAAAGCGCGCGCAAGUUCGGCAUUCAGCCUACGCUCCUCUUCAUCGUCAGCGUGCUGGGAUACACCGUCAAGGCGGAGAUGGACAAGAGCCGCAACGGGAGCGUCUUUGACGGGCUCAACGACCCGAAGCGCGCAAACAUGGACUCCAGGUUCGUCGGAGAAGCAGAAGAGAACAAGCGUCUUGCGACGGGACUAAGGCAUACCAGGUACGCUCUCACGAAGCUCGUCGAGGAAUGUGCCGUCCGUCAGUUUGCGGCCCAGUUUCCCGUAGAACGAACCGGCGUGGUCAUCACCAUGGUCGCCCCUGGUCUCUGCACCACCGGAUUGGGACGCGAUGCGAGGACAUUCACCAAGAUCAUGCAUGAGACAGUCCGGGCCAUGAUGGCCCGCACAGCGGAGGUGGGCAGUCGCACUAUCCUGCACGGCCUGAUGGUUGGCGAGGAUGGUCACGGAAAACUUCUGUCGGGCUGUAAGAUCAAGGAGUUUUGGGUGCCGGACUGGUUUUGCAACGAUGAGGGCCAGCGCUUGCAGAAGGCGAUAUGGAACGAGCUCGUUGCCAAGCUGGAACAGGUACAGCCUGGCUGCAUUUCUCAGAUUUAG